AUGUUGCAACUUCUUCCUUUGCUGGCCCUCGCUGGCACCUCACUCGCUUCAUAUGGCGCGAAUCUGAACUAUCGCAGUCCUUCUAACCACCAUCCAGGCCUCGGUAUUUCCGUUCGAAAGGUAGUCAAGAGGAACGAUCCUUCCGCGAGUUAUGAUCCGGCUAGUCUCAAUUUCACUCACGGUGUUGCUUCUGGAGAUCCGUACCCGUCAUCAGUCAUAUUGUGGACCCGGUGCUCUCCAAUGCUGAACAAUGUGGACGACAACCGCACAACUACAGGUUAUGUACCCUUGUACAACCCCGUACCCAUCUACAAUGAUACGGACGAGGGAAGACCGCCGUCCAGAUCGCCCAUCUGCCUAAACUUUGUGGUGGCAACAGAUGAGGACCUCUCAGAUGUUGUGAACCAAGGCACAGUCUAUACGUCCUCUGACGUCGAUUACACGGUCAAGGUUGAGGCAACCGGUCUUGAUGCUUUCACGUACUACUACUACCGGUUCACCGUGUGCAAUUCACAAAACUCGAGCCCAAUAGGCCGAACCAAGACCACGCCAGCCGCAAGAGACGAUGUGACCUCAGUGGGUCUGGCAGUGUUUUCCUGCUCGAACUUUCCAUUCGGCUUCUUCAAUGCCUACGGUAAUCCAGCUCGGAAGGAUUCCGUGGACUAUGUCAUUCACCUAGGGGACUAUAUUUACGAAUAUAGGAAUGGUGACUAUGGCUGGGGAAACGCGAUCGACCGUAUAUCGCAGCCUGAUCGGGAAAUUUACAGUUUAUACGAUUAUCGUAGACGCCACGCGACAUACAAAACUGAUGCUGAUCUACAGCUCAGCCAGCAAACAUUUCCUUGGAUACCUGUUUGGGACGAUCACGAGGUCGCCGACAAUACUUACCGGGACGGCAGCUCAGAAUUGAACAACACGGAGGACUCUUUUAUCAGAGAUGGAGGUGUCUCCACUGAUCAACGCAAAAUGAAUGCUGUCCGUGCCUACUUUGAGUGGAUGCCCAUACGUCAGGUGGACAUGGACGACAAUCUCCGCAUCUGGAGAAGUUUUCAGAUAGGCAAUCUGAUAGAUCUUUUGAUGCUUGAUACUCGGGUUUACGAUCGUUCGAUCACCGACCUCUAUUGGAAUACAGACUACAUUAGACAGAUCUCGAACGAUGCCAGCAGAUCGCUAAUGGGCAGUCGGCAGGAGAAUUGGUUCUACGAGAAUCUGAUCAAUUCAGCGAAUCGAGGUGCAACUUGGCGAAUCAUCGGAAGUCAGAUCAUCUUCUCAAGGGUCAACGUGUCUGUCCUAAGUGGGACUGACGAGCCCCUAAAUUAUGACGCCUGGGACGGGUAUCAAGCCAAUCGAAAUCGUACUCUAUCCGUUCUGUACAACAACAACAUCAGCAACAAUAUCUUCCUAGCUGGUGAUAGUCAUGCCAACUGGGUCUCAGAUCUUGUCUGGCUAGGCGAGAGUCCGUAUGAUCCUGCGACUGGUGCUGGUUCUAUUGGAGCUGAAUUUGCAGGCACUGCAGUCAGCAGUCCAUCUCCCUUUGGUCAAAACAUAACGAUUGCUCGCGCCAAUAACAUCAGCGACUACUUGAUCCGAGAUAACCGCGAGCUUCAAUGGUCUGAAGCCUACUACCGUGGCUACUAUGAACUUCACGUCUCGAAAGAGCAGCUCAAUGCUAAUUUCUUCGGUCUGCCGACAAUUAUCACUCGCAACCCAGAGGAGAUCAGCAUGGCUAAUUUUACUGUCUUGAACGGUGGGAAUCGGUUAGAGAGGUUUGAUGGAUCGCCCGCCGUGGGUGGUGUUGUAGAGAAUGGAGCAAUCAAGGUAGGGGAGGUGGUGCGGACAAAUAUCACCAAUGCUACGGACACCGGACUGUAUUCUGUUACUCAAGGUAGUACAUUUCGCGAUGAUUGA